ACUACCAUACUAAUAUUCUUCCAAAAUUGUACUUCUGAAACCCAUUUUGUUAGUUUGCAUAGUUAACCUUAACUACAUUAUACUAUACGUAUUAAUUAGCUAUAAGUUAUAACUAACCAAACCCAUUUGUUUUGUUUCUGAAAUCAAUCAACUUUGUACUUUUUGGAAGGAAAAUCAAUUCAAUAUGGAUGAAGUGGAGCUAGCUUGUGAGUCUAGCUUGGAAUGCAAGAAAACCAAAGAGGAAGGAACGUCGAAAAAACAAAGUAAAGUGGAGAGUGUUUCGUUUUUUGGAUUGUUUGGUGCAGCCGAUAGAACUGAUUAUGUGUUAAUGUUCCUUGGAAGUGUUGGUUCUUUUGUUCAUGGUGCUGCUCUUCCUGUUUCCUUUGUUUUGUUUGGUCGUAUGAUUGAUUCUCUCGGACACCUUUCUAGCAAUCCUCACAAAUUUUCCUCACAAAUUUCUCAGCAUGCUUUGUACUUGGUCUAUCUUGGAGUUGUUGUUCUUGUUUCUGCUUGGAUGGGUGUUGCAUUCUGGACGCAAACAGGCGAAAGACAAACGGCUUGGAUAAGGUUAAGAUAUUUGCAGUCAGUACUAAAGAAGGAUAUUCGUUUCUUUGACAAUGAAGCAAAGGAUGCCAAUAUCAUUUCUCACAUCUCCAGUGAUGCAAUUUUGGUACAAGAUGCAAUUGGUGACAAAACCGGGCAUGCAAUACGUUACCUUUCUCAAUUCAUUGUUGGAUUUGGCAUUGGAUUGACAUCAGUAUGGCAGCUGACACUACUCACCUUGGCUGUUGUUCCAUUCAUAGCUAUAGCAGGCCGAACUUACUUAACUAUUAUAUCUACUUUAUCGGAAAAAGGCAAAGCAGCUUAUGCUGAAGCAGAAAAAGUUGCUGAAGAAGUAAUUUCUCGAGUGCGUACAGUUUACUCAUUUGCAGGAGAAGAAAAAGCUGUUGGUUCAUACUCAAAGUCGCUUGAUAAGGCUUUGAAGCUUGGAAAGAAGAGUGGUUUUGCAAAAGGUGUUGGAGUCGGUUUUACAUAUGGGCUGUUAUUCUGUGCUUGGGCAUUGCUUCUUUGGUAUGCAAGCAUACUUGUGAUACAUCAUAAAACAAAUGGAGGGAAAGCAUUCACAACAAUCAUCAAUGCCAUCUUUAGUGGAUUUGCCCUUGGUCAAGCUGCUCUAAACAUUGGUUCCAUUGCUAAAGGGCGAACAGCUGCAGCCAAUAUCAUGAACAUGAUUGCAUCUGUUUCAGAAUCAUCUAAAAUGUUGGAUGAUGGUUUUGUGUUGUCACAAGUAGCAGGGAAAAUUGAUUUUUAUGAGGUCUAUUUUGCUUGCCCCUCAAGAAGCAAAAUGAUCUUUGAGAAUUUGAGCUUCUCAGUGAGUGCUGGAAAGACGGUUGCCGUUGUUGGUUCAAGUAGUUCUGGAAAGAGCACAAUCAUUUCCCUUAUUCAAAGGUUCUAUGACCCCACUUCAGGUAAGGUCCUAUUGGAUGGAUAUGACUUAAAGAAUUUUAAAUUGAGAUGGUUGAGAAAACAAAUGGGAUUGGUGAGUCAAGAACCAGCACUAUUUGCCACAACAAUAGCUGGAAACAUUUUAUUUGGAAAAGAAGAUGCAAGCGUGAAUGAAAUCAUACAUGCUGCCAAGGUUGUAAAUGCUCAUUCUUUCAUAACAGGAUUACCUCAAGAUUACAAUACUCAGGUUGGAGAAGGUGGUACACAACUUUUAGGGGGACAAAAGCAAAUAAUUUCUUUAGCAAGAGCAGUGCUCAGAAACCCGAAAAUAUUGCUUUUAGAUGAGGCCACCAGUGCACUGGAUGCUGAAUCAGAACUCAUUGUGCAGCAGGCAUUGAAAAAAAUAAUGUUAAACCGGACAACAAUAAUUGUUGCACAUCGAUUAUCCACUGUACGCAAUGUAGAUACAAUUAUUGUGUUGAAGAAUGGCCAGGUUGCCGAAAGUGGGACUCAUUUAGAAUUGAUGUCCAGAAAUGGUGAGUAUGUGAGUUUGCAGGCACCACAAAACUUCACAAGCUCUAGCUCAUUAUUUCGCUUGGGAAGUUCGAGAAAUUAUAGUUUUCGAGAAAUUCCAAACAACCUGAACAAUGAGGAGGUGCAAUCAAGUGAUCAAGGAUUGACAUCAAACACUGCUUCCGUUCCAUCAAUUUUGGGUCUACUGAAACUGAACGCUCCAGAAUGGCCCUAUGCAAUUCUUGGGUCAGUAGGUGCAGUUUUGGCUGGCAUGGAAGCUCCUCUCUUUGCCAUUGGAAUCACACACAUUUUGGCUACAUUUUACUCUGCUCAAAGUCCCAAGAUCAAGCAUGAAGUUGAUCAUGUAGCUGUUAUAUUUGUCGUCCUGGCUGUUGUUACCAUACCUAUUUAUCUAUUGAAACACUACUUCUAUUCAUUAAUGGGAGACCGCCUCACCGCCCGUGUCCGUUUAUUAAUGUUCUCAGCUAUUCUUACCAACGAAGUCGCAUGGUUUGAUAUCAAUGAGAACAAUACUAGCUCACUUACAGCAACGCAAGCAGCUGAUGCAACAUUAGUAAGAAGUGCUCUAGCUGACAGACUCUCAACCCUUGUUCAAAACAUAGCUCUCACCGUAACAGCAUUUGUUAUUGCCUUCACAAUGAGUUGGAAACUAACAUUAGUUGUUGCAGCUUGCCUUCCCUUUCUCAUAGGAGCUUACAUCACAGAGCAACUAUUUCUCAAGGGAUUUGGUGGAGAUUACAGUCAUGCUUACUCCAAAGCAAAUUCUUUGGCUCGUGAUGCUAUUGUGAACAUACGUAUUGUCACUGCUUUCAGUGCAGAAGAUCGAAUGUCAACCCAAUUCGCAUAUGAACUGAAUAAACCUUACAAGCAGGCACUUCUGAGAGGCCAGAUAUCAGGUUUUGGUUACGGCUUGACCCAACUGUUUGCUUUCUGCUCCUAUGCACUUGUACUUUGGUAUGCAUCCAUAUUAAUCAAGAAGAAAGAGUCAACUUUCGGAGAUCUCAUGAAAUCUGUUGUGGUCUUAAUCAUCACUGCUAUUGCAAUAGUAGAAACAAUAGCCCUUACCCCAGAUAUUGUGAAAGGGACCCAAGCACUGAGAUCGGUUUUCAGCAUCCUCCAUAGGAAAACAUCCAUCAACCGAAAUGAUCCGAAUAGCAAAAUGAUAAGUGAAGUCAAAGGAGAUGUUAAGUUUCAAAAUGUGUGCUUCAAGUACCCAAUGAGACCUGAUAUCACCAUAUUUCAGAACUUGAACCUCAGAGUCUCAGCAGGAAAAAGUCUAGCAGUAGUAGGCCAAAGCGGCUCGGGGAAGAGCACUGUGAUCGCUCUUGUAAUGAGAUUUUACGACCCUACAUACGGGUCGGUUCUGAUAGACGAAUGUGAUAUCAAAAGCCUAAAUUUGAGAUCAUUAAGGCAGAAAAUAGGAUUGGUUCAGCAAGAACCUGCUUUGUUCUCUACGACGGUUUACGAAAAUAUCAAGUAUGGAAAAGAGGAAGCAACAGAAAUUGAGGUAAUGAAGGCAGCCAAAGCUGCAAAUGCUCAUGAAUUCAUCAGUACAAUGGCGGAAGGAUACAAAACUAAGGUUGGUGAGAAAGGAGUGCAGUUAUCAAGAGGACAAAAACAAAGAGUAGCGAUCGCUAGAGCAAUUCUGAAAGAUCCAUCCAUCCUUCUGUUGGAUGAAGCAACAAAUGCACUGGACACAAUAUCAGAGAGACUUGUCCUAGAAGCUAUUGAUAAGCUUAUGGAAGGUCGAACGAUGAUUUUGGUAGCUCACAGGCUUUCGACUGUUCGCAAUGCAGACAGCAUUGCAGUGCUGCAACAUGGGAAGGUUGCAGAAAUGGGAAGACAUGAGAAGCUGAUGGCUAAACCAGGAAGCAUCUAUAAGCAACUGGUUAGUCUACAGCAAGAAAAGCAUAAACAAGAAGAGAAUUAGUGUAUUCAUUUGGAGUUCGCCAAGUAAAUAUAGAAUUAUAGAUUCAAAUUAUACCUGCAGUUUGCAACUUGGAUUGAGUGCCGGCUUUAAGAGCAUUUGUGAUGACUAUUCCAACCAUGAACGAUGUUUUCAUAAGUACUGUUUAUAUACACAAAUGCUACCAUAUAAUCUAAAGCCAAUAAUUGGCUGUUGCAGAAUAUGUUUUGUCAUAUCACGUCGAACAAGAUUAUGAACAAUACUCAUGGCCGAUUUAUUGUCACAAAACAGCUUCAGAACAUUGUAUUUUCAAAUCUUCUAGCUGAAGUUUCAUCCAUAAGUGGUUAAUUACAUUAAUUUCUUGUACUUGUAUCAAAAGCAUAUUAAACAUAUUUUUAGCUUACUUGUUCAUGAAUUACCUGAAUUUCAACUUUCCAA